UGACACGCUGAGAUUGGAAUCGCAUUACUUCGUGUUAUGAGCCUAUCUUCCUCACGUGGGAAGUUCGCGUAAUCUUAUGAAAGGACCUCAUGUGUUGAAUUGUUUAGUACAAUCACACACAAUGUUCUCCGUCAAGAAUUCGGUUUCUUGCACACUAAAGACUUUACAGCGCAACCAACACGUACGUCAUUUCAGCGGGGCGCGCGCCCUCUCGCGCGCCGUGCAGCUCGCGGGCCGCAGUCUGCUGACGCUGAAAGAUUUCCAGUCGGACGAAGUCAAGCAUCUUCUGUGGACAUCGCACGAUCUGAAAAAGAGGAUUAAACAUGACGGACAGUAUCUUCCUCUUCUCCAAGGGAAGUCCAUUGCCAUGAUCUUUGAGAAGAGGAGCACGAGAACACGCAUGUCCACAGAAACAGGGUUUGCCCUGCUGGGAGGCCACCCCUGCUUUCUGACUUCACAGGAUAUUCACCUGGGAGUCAACGAGAACACCAGGGACACAGCCAGGGUCUUGUCUGGACUGACCGACCUCAUCCUGGCUCGUGUGUACAGCCAUUCUACCCUGGAGGAACUGGUGAAGGAAGCAUCUAUUCCUGUCAUCAAUGGCCUCUCUGAUCUUUAUCACCCAAUCCAGAUAUUAGCUGACUUCCUCACCUUGCAGGAGCAUUAUGGCUCUUUGAGUGGCCUCACAGUGUCCUGGAUUGGUGACGGGAACAACGUGCUCCACUCCUUCAUGACGACUGCUGCCAAACUGGGUGUCCAUCUGAGGAUCGCCACUCCAAAAGGAUAUGAACCUAAUGCCGAUGUUCUUCGAGAGGCUGAAAAACUUUCAGAACAGUUUGGAACCAGCCUCUUCCUGACCAGCAACCCUGUUGAGGCAGCUUGCGGCAGUAAUGUCCUCGUCACCGACACUUGGGUCAGUAUGGGCCAGGAGGAGGAAAAGAAGCAGAGGCUGAAGGAUUUCCAUGGUUACCAAAUCACUUUGCAGACAGGAAGUGUGGCAUCACCAGACUGGACCUUCCUGCACUGUCUGCCCCGCAAACCGGAGGAGGUGGACGACCAGGUGUUCUACUCGCACCGAUCUCUGGUUUUCCCAGAGGCAGAGAAUCGAAAAUGGACCAUUAUGGGCUUGAUGGUGUCUCUGCUCACAGACUACACCCCACAAACACCAAUGCCAAAAUUCUGAAGCCCGCAUGGCUUUCAGAAUACAGUCUCCAUUAUGUUAGAAACUUAUCAUUUCCAAGAGACAAAUUAUUUUUGCCCUGUUUUGCCUUUUAAAUGUUGGACUCAGAUGUUAAUAAAUUCAGAUUGUCGUUUCUAAA